AUGUUGGAUCAAACUAUUGAAGUUCCAAUUAGUAAAAUAAUGACUUAAGUAUCGAAGGUUUAUGUUCCCAUAAAUCAAAAUCCAAAUGAGAAAAUAGCAAUCCUAUACGAGAAUAUAGGAAGGCAGAAUUUAAAAGAAGUUUGGAGAUUAUAAUUUUUGAAUUAAAAUGUCGACUUGUUAAUGAGAUAAACCUAUGAUGAAUUGUUCUAUUUGAAUUAAAAUAGGAUUCUAAUUUUGAAAGGUCCUAAUAUCAUCACUUAUAACCUCCACGAAAAAAUAGAAGUAGAUUCAACAAUCCAAAUUGAAAAAGGAGAGUAUAAUCAUUUUUCAGUAUAUAACAAUGGAAAGGAGCAAUUCCUAUUCUUUCUAACUAAGCAGAAUGUUACUACUGAAUAGCAAUAGAGUGUAAGUCAAUACACUUUGAGAAUUUAUGAUACUCAGAAAUUAGAAGUGCUAUAGGAGGUGAAAUUCUCAGCAUCCGUAAGAGCCUUAGUUGUAUCUCCAAUCAGCAGGACGAAAUGCUUUAUGAUGAAUCCAAAUUCUCCUACUAACAGAACAUUACAAUUUAUAAUAUACGAUGAAAAUUAAGUUUAAAGCAAGAUUAUUAAUGUAAAAGAAACAAAGAACGAAUUAAGGGGGACAGUGGUCAAAGUUCUUAAUUAUUAAGACGAAUUGAUUUUUGUGUAUAAUUCAAAUGGAGUUAGCAAAUAGUUUCUUCUCUUCUAUUGCAUAGAGAAUGGAAAUGAGAAUAUUCAUGAGAUCGACAUAUAGUAUCCUUUUUAGAUUAGGGAUGCUACGAUAAAGGAAAACAUUAUCUUAAUUAGUUGUUUUAAUAGUUAAUUGAAUAGCGAAAAUGCUUUUUUCUAUGAGAUUUUGGAGAAGAAAGUGAAGAUGAUAUCGAGUGGAGAAACGAAUCAUUUUUACAGCAAAUACAUAAUAGUUUAACAUAAUCGAGAGAGCAUUCAUUUACAAUUGAUGGCCACUCCAAGUAUGAUGAUGACUCAUUAUAUGGACAAAAUAGAUUAUGAUUAAUAUAUUAAAGAAGAAAUAAGUCAGUUUUGA